UUUGAAGUCUAAUAAUUGGCUGAUGCACACACCUAUGUUGCAAGUCCCAGGUAGAGUACAAACUUUGCAUGAGGCUCAACAAUACACAGCUGACCAGCCAUAUCACCUCUUACUGUACUACAAACAUCCUUCUGUCCUCUGUGAAGAUGUCCAGCUCUCAAACAACCACCACUAACGGGGCGGUGGUCAUCAACCAUGUCUACCCCUAUGAGAACGGGAUGGGGGUUGCAGUGGUCGCAUCUGCUCCUCACUGUUUGGAACAGACGGUCUCCUCAGUGUUGGGAAGUUUCCGGGCAGGGCAUCCAAAAGCGCUGGGAACCAUACAGAUCAUGAUUGGUUUGAUAAUGCUGUUGACAGGAAUCGUGAUGAAUGCAGGACCACAAGUAGACAAUAUUGGAGUACUUAGUGGAAUAUUUGUCUGGGGAUCUAUCAUUUAUGUAGUUGCAGGCUCUCUAACUGUUGCUGCUGACAACAAACUGAACAAAUGUCUGGUAAAAGGCUCCCUUGGAAUGAAUGUUGUCGCCACGGUUACUGCUGUUACUGGCACCAUUCUGCAUUCUUUAGACAGUGCUGGGAUCUUGUUCCGCUACUACUGUGACUAUCCAGGCUAUCCUUCAUACAACACUCCAUCCUAUAUCAACUACCCUCGAUCCUAUGUCUGUCAACAGUAUUGGAUCAGGUCCCAGGGAAUAUCAGGUGUUUUGGCUGUUUUCUCCAUGCUGGAGUUCAUAGUGUCCAUCUGUGUCUCGUCAUUCGCCUGCAGAGCUGUCUGCCUGUGUUGCCGUUCCACCCCUGAGCAAGUGUUCAUCAUUGGGAAUCAAAUACCGGUACCUCAUGGCAGCGUGACUCCAGGCAACGCACCUUACCCUCCUCAGAUCAACUACGAGACUGGGAACUACCCAAAGGGUCCUGUGGGAGACGGUAUGGGUACAGGGUUUCAACAGAAUCCCCUGCCUCCUCAAUACACUGCUGUCAUCCCUUGAAAAUCGGGCCUCCGUGAAUACAUUGUUCUUUUUCUUGUUGAAAUCAUGUUCUUAUGUAGACCUAUGUUUCUGAUACAAGCCAGGCAAUGGUUAGCAGCACAUUACUGAUCUGAAUAAUUUGACGGUUAAAUAUUGAUAGUGUAUUGUAAUGCAAUGUUUCAGUAUAAUUUUCAGGUUACUAUAUGAUUGAUUUUAUAACCUCAUGUUUUUGUAAUUUCUAUCUUUCUUUAAUUGAUAUAAUUUAAUCAUAAUUUCUUAUAUAAAGGUAUAGCUGAUUUAUCAACUAAAUUCAACCACUGCUAUAUGACAGAAUAUGAUGAUGCAUCAUUUUUAAUAACACACAAAUGCAUAUUUAACUUAAUGUCUUGAAACAAUAAAACUGACAAAAUUA